CUACCAUGCAACCGUUGACGUCUCUUUGGUCGUCGUUCAUUGAACAUACUACAACACUCUCAGUAACACUGAGCCUGAGAAAUUGUGCGGUAUAUUUACAAACCUUUUUGGUUUUAUUUCGUGCUUAAAGCAAUAAUGAAACCGUCCUUGGACUCUGACGAGGAGGAGGAAUUAGGAGCAUUGCAGAAGACAUUGAGAGAGCGAGCCAACCGCAGUAUCCAGCACCUGUCCAGCAUGCUGGCCAGCCACAGCUCUGACUCUGAGUGUUCAGACCCAAAGCAGCAGCAGGAGAAACUCAGUCCUCUGCUGCAAAACCCUGCUAUGCCAGUUCAACAGAGUGAAGCAGUCAGUCAGCUGCGUUCCUUGCUUCAAAAGCAGUGCAAAGAUGCAAAUGUUCCAUCACCUUCUCCUUCCAAGAGGAAAUUAACGGGAAAGCAGAGAAUCACAGACGAGGGCAAUAGCAGUUUGCCUGGUGUUCACGACUUGGUUCCCAUCAUCCACAAUCAGUCUGAGUACAUUCAGCACCUGGAGGCUGAGGUCAAGUUCUGCAAGGAUGAACUCCUUGGAAUGAAACAGAGAGUGAGAGUGGUGAUUGUGGAGAAUGAGAAACUGCACGAGGAGCUGAAGGCAAAGGCAGUUGAAGAAACUCUUAAAGAAUACACAUUUGUAGACAGCACGUUAAACAUUGAGCGCACACCAGAAAAGACUUCAAAGCAAAGACUUGACUCCAUUAAUCAAGCUGAGGACCACAAAUGGAAGAAAGAAAUGGAGCAGCUGAAGUGUCUCUAUCAAGCACAAACUGAGACCCUGGAGGCUCAAGUGGUCUCCCUGAAGAAAGACUUGGUGAGCGUUCAGAAGGAAUAUGAGGAAAUGAAAGAACGACUGAGGCACAAAGAAGCAAUGGCUGUGGUGGCGAGCAGUGGUCAGCGUGUGGGUGGUCUGUGUCUGAAGUGUGCCCAGCAUGAAGCGAUCCUGGCAGAGACACACUCCAAUGUCCAUGUACAGAGCAUUGAAAGACUCACUAAAGAGCGGGAUGAGCUGAUGACUGUGCUCUGCUCUCUGAGGGCCAAUCAGACUGAGGCCCAGCAGAGAGAGUGGGCCGCCUAUCAGCAGGUCAAACAGGCGGUGGAGAUGGCAGAAGAGGCAAACCUGGAGAAGACAAGAGCAUUGGUGCAGUGUGAGCACUUCCACAGUGAGCUGACUAGACAGAGGGAAAGGCUGGAGAGAGAGCUGGCAUCUGAACAGGAGAAGAUCUCCCAGGCCAGAGAGGCAGCUCGUUUAGAGAGCAAGAAAGAGAAAGAAGAGCUCGCCCAGACUGUGACCAGUCUGUCUCAGAGAGUGGCUGAAUUAGAGGGUCUGCUGGAGAGGGGAGAGAGAGACCGGAACUCUCUCAAUGGCCAGCUGGAGGAAACUUAUAAGAAGCUCACCGCACAGGAAACAGACAGCAGCAAGGUAUAUGCGGAGCUGCGCUUUCUGUUGAGCCAGGCACAGCUGAAGAAAGAGGAGUCAGAGAGAGAGGUGAGAGACAUCAGCUCCAAACUGGGACGUCAGCUAGAACUAGCUGAGCAGGAAGUACAGAAGUUGGGUGUGGAGCUGAAUGGUUGCCGGCAGCGUUUGGAGGAGGCCCAGAGGGCAGAGGGCCGAGCCUGGGCAGAGGCAGCCGGCCUGGCUGAGGGGCUAAGCCGCACCCAGCGCCAACUGCACCUCACCAGAUACACAAACUUUGUCUUGUCGGUGUCCACAGUAUCUCGCUCGAAGGCCUCUCGCUCAUCCAACUUUUUCCCUAAAGUGCUCUUGCUUAAAAUGCAGUCUCUUUCAAAGCAUUGUUCUGUUACUAUGAGCAACCUGAUCCAGCCUGGCACUGGCUGGCUCAACCAGUACCGUAAAUAG